ACCACUAAUAACAACUUUAAAAGGCUGGGAUUACGUAUUGAAACAGAGUAUUUUGCUCAAACCUGGACCUAACUCAUCAAAUGCAUGUAGAUAAACUCGGAGAUUCGCGUUUUUAGAUGCUUUUAAGGCUUUGAUUUCGUCUCCCCGCGCAGCCGUUUCCACAACAACUGCUGCAGUCCUGUUCAGUUACCCAGGAAAAAUGGCUUCGGUCGCAGCCGCAGCAGCGAGCCUCGACCCGGGCUCCAUACCGCUCGCAGACGCUUUGGUCCCCGCCAGCAUCUUCGCUCCGGACCGGGGAGGAUGCGCGGAGGACAUGGGGGACGAGAGCUUCGAGGACGAGGACGUGUUGAACGGAGAGUCCCUGGAUCGCGUUGACUUCACCAGCAAGCUGGCCCUGGUGAGUCCAAAUGGAGAGCAGUACGACUCACUACUGCGGCAGUUGCGCGACCGCAUGGAAGAGGGCAGCGGUGAGACCAUCUACGUGGUGGGGAUGGGCUCAGACGGAGGGGACUGGGGUCUGGAUGAGUCGGACAUGGAGGCGUCCGUAGCCACAGUGCGCUCCAUGUGUGAGCAGAUCGACGCGGACCUCAUCCCACUCCGCGAGCGCUCGGAGGCCGCCGGGGCCGUACGCGACUACCUGAUCCGCAGACGUGUGGGGGAGCUGGACUUCCUGGAGGUCAGAGUUGCAGUGGUGGGGAACGUGGACGCGGGGAAGAGCACCCUCCUGGGCGUUCUGACGCACGGAGAGCUGGACAACGGCAGAGGCUUCGCUCGCCAAAAGCUCUUCAGACACAAGCACGAGAUGGAGAGCGGACGCACCAGCAGCGUGGGCAACGACAUCCUCGGCUUCGACCAGGAGGGACAGGUGGUGAACAAGCCUGACAGUCACGGAGGCAGCCUGGACUGGACGAAGAUCUGCGAGAAGUCCUCCAAAGUCAUCACGUUCAUCGAUCUGGCCGGUCACGAGAAGUACCUCAAGACCACUGUGUUUGGCAUGACCGGUCACCUGCCCGACUUCUGCAUGCUCAUGGUGGGAAGUAACGCUGGUAUAGUAGGAAUGACCAAAGAGCACCUGGGGCUGGCACUAGCUCUCAACGUGCCUGUGUUUGUGGUAGUCACCAAGAUAGACAUGUGUCCCUCGAAUAUUCUGCAAGAAACGCUAAAGCUGCUCCAGAGGCUACUCAAGUCUCCAGGCUGUAGGAAGAUCCCUGUGCUAGUCCAAAACAAAGAUGAUGUUAUAGUGACCGCGUCCAAUUUCAGUUCUGAAAGGAUGUGUCCAAUCUUCCAAAUUUCCAAUGUGACCGGUGAAAACAUGGACCUUCUCAAGAUGUUCCUGAACCUGCUGUCCUCCAGAACGUCGUACCGCGAUGACCAGCCGGCAGAGUUCCAGAUAGACGACACCUACUCUGUACCGGGAGUGGGCACAGUAGUGUCUGGAACUACUUUGCGUGGAUUGAUACGUCUGAACGACACCAUGCUCCUGGGCCCAGACCCUCUGGGCAGCUUCAUUCCCAUCGCUGUCAAAUCCAUCCACAGAAAAAGAAUGCCCGUGAAGGAGGUCAGAGGAGGACAGACCGCUUCCUUCGCUCUUAAAAAGAUCAAGCGUUCAUCGAUCCGUAAGGGCAUGGUGAUGGUGUCUCCAAAGCUCAACCCACAGGCCACAUGGGAGUUUGAGGCAGAGAUCCUGGUGCUGCAUCACCCCACAACGAUAUCCCCCCGAUACCAGGCCAUGGUGCACUGCGGCAGCAUCCGGCAGACGGCCACCAUCUUGUCCAUGAACCGCGACUGUCUGAGGACCGGAGACAAGGCCACGGUCCACUUCAGGUUCAUCAAGACCCCAGAGUACCUGCACUGUGAGCAGAGACUCGUGUUCAGAGAGGGACGGACCAAGGCUGUGGGCACCAUCACCAAGCUUUUGCAAUCCACCAACAAUUUGCCGUCGAAUUCCAAACCCCCGCAGAUCAAAAUGCAGUCGACGAAAAAGGCCCAUAUACGAAAAGACGAGAGCAGCACAGGGGGAGGAGAGGAGGCGGCCACGAUAGCAACGAGCGCAGGCCCCAGCACAAUACAACCGCCAAAAUCUGGAGGAGGAGGAGGCAGGAGACGAGGAGGGCAGAGGCAUAAAGGAAAGUCCCAGAACAGCAGCACCAACGCCACGGCAACGCAGUCCAGCACAGGGGGCGGGGCCUGCUAGAGCUUCGUGACACUACCUGACCCCCUCCGCCGUCUCCACUCCACUCAAGUGUCUUCAUCACUUUCAAACUACCGAGGAAAAACAUCCGGCACAAAUAAACACUGGAUCACGAUGUCGUUUGAGUUGACGUGAAGGCUGGCUACAUGCGCACGGGACAAAAAACUCAAUCUGAACUUCUUUUUUUUUCGUAUUUAUUUCGUCUAGAAUCGGCUCGGAUUUGAAGCACAACCAAGAAUUUAUAGUUGAAACCUUAAAUUUACUCAAAAAAAAUAAAAAAUAGAAAUGGGGCCCAGGACAAUUUAGAAAUAUUCAAAACUUAACAAAUAAAAAAAAAAUAAUUAAAACUACUUUUAAGCAAGUUAUACUUAACUGUGACAUGACAUAGGGGGUUUUACAUGUAUGUCUAUGGCGAAACGUUCAGCCUCAAAGUAUAAUUUCAUUGCAGGCGAAGUAUUUUUUAAUUUAUUGAAAAAGAAAAACAGUCCCGUGCGUUUUACGACUAUAUGAAGGGACAUUUUUAAUUUACAUUUUAUAGCGUUGAUUCAAAUUGUCGCUUAAAUUUAACUGCGAUUAACAAUUUUUCUUUUUUUUUUGACAUUCACAUUAAAUUUGCAACACAUAAAAUUAUACUGAAUAUUUUUUUUUGUCAGUCAUAUUCAGACAAUUAUAAAGAAAAAUAAUUUGUUAAAAUAUUAAAUUAUUCCCAUAAACAUGUAGCCAGUCUUUUUAAAGGGAACAAAUCUGGUUCAUUUUUCGAAAUUUGAAUUUUUACAAAUACGUAAAGCUGCAUUAUGUAACUUUUUGGUUGGGGGUCCAUCGCUACUACGGUGCCUGGAAUGUUCCACAGUGUGGCAUUAACCAGCUCGACUUAACAUUUAUUCAAUUCCACGUGGUUUUAUAGCUCGAAAAUACAGAGAAAAACAGCGUUCUGACUGUGAGCGGCGUCGCCUUUCCACAGAUCUGAGCUGUAACUUGGUCUAGUUUGGUUUCCAUGAUGGUGUAAGGGUUUAAUAAUGAACUAGAAAAGCAAAAAAGUUACACAAUGCACCUUUAAACAGACCACCAAAGUCCACGUUUUUACAUUCUAUCCGAGGUAUUCAUGCACAUUUUCUUUUCUUUUUUUUUAGGAUUAAUUGUUGCUGUUUCUAAAGAUUUUGAGGUUUUGCUAAUGGUCAAACUUGAAAACCAGAAUUACGGAAGUGUGUAGUAUUUUAUUUAUUUGUAGAAAACAGAAGAAUUGAUUUGUGGGAAAAUAAAAAAAUAUACUUUAAACGGCAACCAGGGCAGCUAAAACUCACCCUCCGAUCAUUCCCGGUGUGAAGAUUCUAUUUAUAAUAUCACAUUAUGUCAGAUGCUUGUGCCCGAAUUGGAAAGAAAAAAACACAAAAAACUAUUGUAUAAAAUGUAUGCAAACUGCUCAUGAAUGUAGCAACACAAUUUUCUGUUUUUAAGUUCUAGAUAUACCGGUAAUAUAAGCUGUAAUGUUUUGCAAUUUUGCCAGUUUUUUAUUAUAAAUUUUUAUUUUGGGUUGAAACAUUUAAAGGCGCUGUACCUGAUUUUUUCUUCUUUUUUUUUUUUCUAUGCAUUUGAGCAAAAAGUGUCUUGCCAUAAUACAGAUACAAGGUUUAAGGAGCUCUGUCUGCGUCUGUUUAGAAAGCGUUUUAUUGUACCGAGAAUCAGAACAUGUGCUGUUAAAAUGCUAGUUGUUGUUGGCCCAUAGACUUCCGCUCCGGAGUAUGAGUCGCACCAGCCAAAAAAUGCGUAAUGAAGAAGAAAAAACAUAUACAAGUACUAUAAGUCGCACUUUUUGGGGGAAAUUUAUUUUAUAAAAUCAGAGACCAGGAACUGACAUUUCGUCUUGAAAGGCAAGUUCUAGUAAAAACAAUAGAACAGAGAACAACAGACUGAAUGGGCGUUAACAUGUUAAAGUAACAUAUGAACAGUUCUUCAGAUAACUAUAGCAUAAACAACAGAACAUAAGUUUACCAAACUCUCGAUCUUACUCCAAAUCACUAAAUCCAUUGAAUUCUUCGUCCGUGGUGUCACUUCUGAGCAACUCCGCGUAACUUCGGUUGUCACGGGAGUCCAGGCUUUGUCGAUACAGUGACUUCCGGGAAAGUUCCACGGUGCACCCGCCUGGUUGCUGUGAAGCUGUGUUCUCCGUUCCCGCUUUCUGUCAGUCCCUCACAAGUUUCUCGCUCGCUCCAAACUUUCUUUCUGCUGAUCGAUUACUGUUUUCUGCUGCAUAUUUCACUAUUUGCAGCAGGACAGAGGCUUUUUCUGCCAGAGACUUGCUCAGAAAACUGACACAC